UGUCGCUUGGUGCUUGGCCUCGGUACUCCGUAUGAAAAUAAAACCGGCUGUGAUUGUUUCUGGUUUAUUUUUCAUUUGGAAGAACAAGACAAGUAGUGUAAAUAACGAAUACGAAAACAGCUGUCCACAUAGUCAAACACCGUAGAAGAAGAAACGGAAGACGACGAAGAAGAAGACAAUCCAUCAUGGCGGUGCCGGCAGGACGUGCGGUGGUGUUUGUGACUGGAAACGCGAAAAAACUUGAAGAGGUUGUUCAGAUUCUUGGCGACAAGUUUCCCUACAAACUUAUCUCAAAGAAAAUUGACUUACCCGAAUACCAAGGAGAACCAGAUGAGAUUUCCAUACAGAAGUGCAAGGAGGCUGCAAGAGAGAUUGAUGGACCGGUCAUAGUGGAGGACACCUGUCUGUGUUUCAAGGCAUUGGGAGGCUUGCCAGGCCCCUACAUAAAGUGGUUCCUGGAUAAACUCAAGCCAGAAGGUUUGUACAAACUCCUCGCUGGCUUUGAGGAUAAAUCCGCAUGGGCCCUCUGCACAUUUGCGUUCACGUCCGGAAAAGACGAACCAGUGCAGCUGUUCAGAGGAAUAACACAGGGGCGCAUGGUGGAGCCAAGGGGACCUCGAGACUUUGGCUGGGACCCCUGUUUCCAGCCGGAAGGCUACGACAAAACUUACGCGGAGCUGCCAAAAGAAGUCAAGAACUCAAUCUCUCACCGAUACCGGGCACUAGUGGCCAUGUCGGAGCACUUUUCAACGAACGCCAAGACGAAGAAGACGGAUGACUGAGUGGCCGUAUUGUUGCAGUAGAAUCUACGACAAGUGAGCUCCAUAUGUGCUUCCAUUCAUUUGCUCAUAAUAAAUGUUUUACUCAUUUUUUUUAACACGUUAUUCUGAGGAGAGGAAACAUCAUGCAGAAACUAAGUUUAUGGAGAGGAUAUUUUUCUGCAAACAUCAUGUAAUGACGAAGUGUAAUUUUUUAAAAAAAAAUUCAAGACUUUGUAAAUAUAAGGGAAAAUUAAAAACUAAGCAAUCAUUAUGCACAAACUGUACGUAUUCACAGCUUUUACCAUGAAGCUGAUGAUUUAACUCAGGUGGAUCCUGUUUUCCUAUUAUCCUUAAGAUGUUUCUGAGCAUAGUUGGAGUCCACUCAUGGUAACUUUAGUAUAUUAGACAUGAAUUGGAAAGGCACACACCUGUUCAUGUGAAGCUCCCAAAAUUGUGAGUGCAUGUCAGAACAAGCAUGAAGUCAAUCUGUAUGUAGAUCUCUGAGUGUCUCGAGGUAAAAAACUGAUGGAGCUGCCCCAAGAUUAGUGCGCCAAGUAUGUGGCAUCAUAUUAAAAAGGACAAGGUUGUAAAUGCUGCCAUAGGUGCAUCAGCAAAGUAUUGAGGAAAGACUGAAUACUUGUGAUUUCUUAGUUUUAAAAAAAAAAAAAAAAAAAAAGAGAGAGAAAAAAAAAUCCAUGAUGUCAUUAUGGAGUGUUGUGUGUAGAACUGUAAGGGGGAAAAAAAUAAUUGAUUCCAUUUCGGAAAAAUGCAUUUACAUAACAAAAUGUAGGGGGGGGGUGAAGUGCGAUGAAUACCAGAAGGUAUUCUCACAGACUCUACUCCAACCCCCCCCCCCCCCCCCCCACAUUCAGUUUUUUAUUUUUAAUAAACUUGCAAGCAUUUGGUAAAAUGUCAUCGAUCCAUCCUUU